CAGUCUGUUUUUUAUUAUAACUUUUUUUUUAUUAAAAACAUUGACUUAUCAAAGUAUUUAUUGCAGAUUGGAAACGCCUGCAUGAAGCUUAUUUGUGAAAUGGCUCGACAAAUUGGCAAGGACAUAUACAUUGAGGACUUUUAUGUUGUCCCUGUGUGGAAAGAAACUCCUAACAACAUUGUUACUGGAUUACCGGAAGAUGCAGACUUGAAAGACCUGUUAGCCUUUCCAGCAUGGACAAAUGCCAAUGGACCAGACCGCUUUGUUGUCUGUGAAAAUUGCUUACCAAGUGGAUCAUGGGACAUGGUCUGAAAAGACUGGAUAUGAUUUUCCAGCUUUGCCACGUCAGACAAGAGGGAAUGAUUGUGGUGUUUUUGUACUCAUGUACACCCUCUCAAUGGUGUGUGGCAUUGGGUUUCAACUCCAGGAGAUGGAUAUACCUAUCAUCCGUCAGUGGUGGUGCCUUCUACUCAUGGAACGAUUUCAAAUUGAUGGCUAUGGGCACAGAUUUGCUUUCUGGACUGAGGAGGCAAGAAGUGUCUUGGAUGGAAAGAUUCUGCUCCUUUUUAGGGUGAAAAGAAAAACCACAUCCAAUCUUCCGGCACAUGUCCAAGCAGUUCAAGAUCGGGAAAGGAAUGACAAACGAUUAGUGGACUCGAUUAUCACAUCAAAAUCAGCAGAGCAGCAUUUGGUGGAUAUACUCGGUGGGAAAAGGUCAAAUUGGUUUCCACUAAAACCCCGUUCUCAAGUGCCUGUCUACAUUGAGAAUGAGCAGUCCCAGUCAAUCAUUUGUGACUACAUCAGAGGAAUUCUUAAUAAAACCAAAACACAGCUGACCUUCAAUGAUGAGGUGGAGUUCAUUUGUGGAUUUCUUCUCCCAGAGGCCAUAACUCAUGGCAUUUCCGAGUUACAAGGCUUGUCUUGGCAGGAGGCUGAAGAUGUCUUCCUCCAGGGCCCCAUUUAUCACGCAAGAGGUAACAGAAACACCCAACGUGCUGCUCGAACCCAUGACCCUGAGAUUAAGAGUCUCAUGCUCUACCGACUGAGCUAG